GGAUUUAAUCUGGCAGUGCAUGAUUCGGUGAAUGAAUAUCAUACCAUUGAAUGGUCAUAUUGUGAGCCGACGGAUCACCAACAGAUUGAAAGAAGAUAUAUAUCAAGUGAAUAUCCUUCAUUCCAAAGGUAUCAUAUUGUCCACACAGCUUUCAUUUAAAGAUCAAUAACCUCAAAAACCACGCAACUAACUCACUUCAAAGACUUUACCAACAUUCUCUGCAUCCCGCCAAUCAAAAUGUCUGCACCAUCCUCUAAAGAAGUCGCCAUCAUCGGAUCAGGAUUAUCCGGUUUGACUCUCGCUCUCGCCCUCCAACAAAACAAUAUACAAUGUCGUGUUUACGAAAGUCGACCGGCACCUUUGAAUAUCGGAGGUGCCGUCAUGCUUUCUCCAAAUGCUCUCAAAAUUUUGAAAGCCCUCAACGUCUAUGAUAGACUUCGUCACAAGGGUUACAAUUUUGAUAACCUCGAGUAUCGCACCGCCGGAGAUGGGAAAUUGGUAGAGAUUCAAGAAUUUGGUUCCGAGGAGAAAUAUGGUUUCCCAGCGCUUCGAAUCUACAGACACAUUCUCAUUACUGAAUUACUUGAAAUGUUCAAGGAACAAGAUAUCCCCAUUACUUUUGGCAAGAAAUUCUCACACAUCACUUCGGAAACCGACAAACAGGUUGAAUGGGAAUUCACUGAUGGUACGACUGGUACUGCGCCUCUUCUCAUUGGAGCUGAUGGUAUUCAUUCUACUGUUCGUCGCUAUCUCUAUCCUGAUUUGGAGACCAAGUUCACGGGAAUGGUUGGAAUCACAGCAGCUGUACCAACAUCUCAAUUACAACUUCCGGAGGGAUAUCAUAUUCCUGUCACUAUAAUGUCCCCAAAGGGUGCAUUUGUGAUUGCUCCUCAGCAGGAAGAUGGAUCCGAAGUAUUGAUUGGAAAACAAUUACGCAUUGAAGAGAAAGAUAGAGCCGGAUGGAAUGAUCUGUCUAGCAACAAGGAAGAAAGUGUAAAAUUCUUGCAAAGCAACAAUGAUCUAUUCCCAGAGAUCGUCCACAACGCUGUUUCUAAGAUUUCCCACGACAAGAUUAAUGUUUGGCCAUUCUAUAUCGUUCCAAAACUCGAUAACUGGGUAUCUGAGAAUCGACGUGUGGUUAUUCUUGGCGAUGCGGCUCAUGCAAUUCCUCCCUCUGCAGGCCAAGGUAUCAACCAAGCAUUUGAAGACGUUUAUAUCUUUGCAUUGCUACUUGCAAAGUCGGACAAGGGAGAUACCCAGAAUGCACUUUCAUUCUGGCAAGAAUAUCGACAAAAGAGAGUUGGCAAGGUUUUGGAAUUGAAUCAACAAAUUGAUUUGAGACGUUUGCCGGGAAAUUCGGCAGACCAGAAGAGAGAGCCAUUUGAGUUGAGCUGGUUGUACAGUGCGGACUUCGAGGCAGAUGUACAAGAGUGGGUUGAUCAACAAGGACGGCAUUGAAUUGAGUAGGUAGAUGUUUUCGGUAAAUGCCGGAGAGGAGAGAGAAAGGGUUUAUUUGAAAGGGAUGGGAUGGAUUUUGGCUCAAUGUGGCAGCAUGGGAUCUUUGAGGCGUUUCUUGAGGCUGUGAAUUAAAUAUUGGUAGAUGGAAUGACA